AUGCCGUGUGCUUCUAGUUUGUCUGAUUACGAACAGGGAAUCAUCAUGGGAAUGCAUGAAAACGGCUAUAAGAUCGCUGAAAUAGCGACUAGACUCAAUCGGCAUAGGAACUGUGUUUCCAGGUUCCUGAAAAACUCGGCGGAAUACGGUACAGCUCCACGUAGUGGCCGCAAAACCAAAAUCGAUAACCGGUGCGAGCGCCGAAUUCGACGUCUAGCAGUGGGUGAUUCGAUGAGCAGCGGAGAAAUAAGGGCCCAUAUGGCACUUCAAAUCACAAGUAGUAGAAUUAUUCACAAAAAUCACUUCAUUAAACACAACGCAAUGAUGCCUAAACCAAAGCUUUUGGAGAGGCAUAUCAAGGUCCGUUUAGAAUUUGCAAAUAAAUACCAAUACAUGACCGAUGAGUGGCACAAUGUUGUCUUUAGUGAUAAAAAAAAUUUGAUUUAG